AUGAGUGUCUCCAAGCCAGUUCAUUUCUUUGACGUCGAUUCGACCCUUUCAGGGCCUUUGAGAUCAUGGUCUUCCAACACGCUCAAGAUCCGCAUGGUCUUGAACUAUAAACAGAUUCCUUACUUGCAAAGCUUCAUCUCAUAUCCCGACAUCGCUCCCCUUCUCCAAAGCUUCUCCGUCAAACCGCACGCGACGGGCCGUGUGCAGUACACCCUGCCCGCCAUCCGCCAUCCAGAGUCCAUCACCGCGAACCCGGCGGGUGUCAAGAUGGACUCGCUGCCCAUCGCGUGCCACCUCGACAAGCUCGUUCCACAGCCGGCCCUGUUUCCCUCUGGGGAGGCCAGCUACGCGCUCGCCCUGGCCACGGAGAAAUUGAUGCUGCGCGCCGCCAAGGAGGCCUUGUUCGUGUUGCUGCCCAAGUCCGACCAGGUCCUGGACGAUCGCAGCAAGGAGUACUUUUUCAGAACGCGCGCCGAGUGGUUUGGGAAGCCCCUGCCGGAGCUCGCUGUCAAGGGCGAGGAGGAGACGAGGCGUGCCAUCGACGCCAUGAAGGCGGAGCUGGAGAUUUUCAUCAAGAUGCUGGCGGGAACGGAGGGUAAGAAGGGACCAUUUUUGGAAGGAGAUGCCCCUGGAUAUGCCGAUUUUAUCCUGGUCACGUUUUUGUCUUGGAGUCACCGGGUAGACAUGGACAUCUGGAGAGAAACCAUGGCGAUGGGCGAUGGGGAAUUCCAGGCUCUCUGGGAUGCAUGUCUGCCCUGGAUGGAAGGCCAGGGAGAAGACGUCGAUCCUCACCAGGUGUAG